UUCUUCUUCCCCGCACCACUCCACUCUCUACGGCCGGCCGGCCGGCCGGCAUCCCAAAUCCCAAUCCCUAGCUAGUAGUAGCUACAAGGAAAAUCACCACCAAGUCCAAGUCGCGGCGGCCGCCCCGAAUAGAAUUAUCAUCAAGCAGCAGCAGGUAGCAUCCAAUGGAAUGAAUCACCUUUCGAGCUUAUUCGCCCUUGCUCUGUGUUAUGUUAGUCCUAAAUAAAUCAACUUGAUGAUCUUCGCUUCUGAUAUGAAUACGACAAUAUACCUUGCUGCUCACUAGCAAAAUGAAAAAAAAGGAGAGGAAAGGAAAGGAUAGAGGACGAAUUACUUCGGAUCUUUCUAGAGGCAUUUGGGUAGCAUGACCAAAAGUGAACCAACCCCUUGGACUGCUGAGCUGCCGGCUGGGCCCUUUCUCUGGUUUCUAAAUGUGCUUAGCAUCCUAAUAUAAUCCCAUGAAGUACAGUUCGUAUGGUGUCAUGUUGGAUUCUUGCCUGCCUGUAUUAUGCUCAUGAGACAGCUCACAAGCAUCAGCAACCCCACCACCUUCUCUCUGUCUCUCCCGUGACCACUGUUCUAGCUAGCUACUUGCAGUUCCAGCUCAAUAGGGAGGAAGAAGAGGCACAUAUAGGUAUAGCUUCAGAGUUCGAUGAAGAAAUCCAUGGACAUGGAAUCGCCUCCCACCGAUCCUGCAAUCCUGCCUCCUCAUGCUGUUGAGGAAACAAAGAAAGAUGAGACCACAGAAGAUGCAGUACAAGCAGUUGUCUCGGUGCUGGAAUGUACUUAUGCAGAAGAAGAAAGCAAAGUUAUUGCUGACACAUCAUUUGAAAUAACUACCGAAUCGGAGGCUGCUGAAACUGAAAUUGGAACCACUGAAGCAAUUUUUGCUGAAGCUUCUGGUGCGGCAGAAAACCUAGGAGAGAAGAGUAAAAACCCCGACGCUAAUAUGGACAUGACUGCUGACUCAACUGCCGAAAAUGCAGAACCGGAGAGCAAAGUAGUGGCGCAACCUCAAGCCACCCCACCAACCAUGCAGGAGCUACCUGCAACUGAAGAACCAGCCGGAGACACAAAAGUUACUGCUGAACCUGAAUUACCAGUGCGUGGCUUGACACCUGCUGAGGCAGAAGCUAUAUACGAGUCAGAAGAAGAGGACAGUAACAAGGCUUUGUGUAGUGGCGGAGCUCAUGCAGAUGCUGAAAAACCAGUCCAAUUUAUUGGGGAAGCUGCGACUGAUGGUGCAACACUAGCAGCAUCAGAUGCAACCGCUGGUAUUGAGGAUCACAAGGAAGCACCUAAAGACGAAAUUGCUGGCGAGAUAUUUGAAGCAUCAGCAUCAAAUUUAGCACAAGCAUCUUGUGUGACAACUACUAUUUCUGAUGAUGCCAAUGAAAUGGCUAACGCUGGUGACAGGGUUGAAGAAUUGAAAUCAGAAGUAGCUGAUGAACCUGAAGCAAUAAUCCAUCCAGGUGUCACCGCUCCUAUUGAUGAAGUUAGUGCUGGUCAAGAUACUGAAGCUGUUGGAGAAUCAAAUGGUGUUGGUCAAGAACCUGUUGCAGUUAGCUCUAUUGUGAAUGUGCAAAAUGAUGAAGCAAAGCCAUGUGAAGGUCAAGAGGGUGUUGCUGAGGCACCAAACAGCGUUGAAGAGAAAUUCUCAGAAGCUGAAGCUAUGCAAGAGAAGAACGAUGAUGGGAGCCCAAGUGAUGAAAUGUCUUGUGUUGCCGAGGUAGCAGUUACUCCUGAAAUUGUUGAGCAGAUCAAGAGGAGAACGUUGCAAGGCCUGCUCAUGGCUGAGAAGAGCACUGAAAAACUACCGAUUGGAGACCAACCCACGAACUCCACUGAUGUGCCUAAUUCCACGACAGCCCAAGAGUUUGAUUCUAACAGUGUGGAAACUUCUGACUUGUGUAAAGAAAAUAUUGCUGCAGACAGUAGCGACUUGGUUGUAGCUACAACUAAAACUGCUGAAGCCAUUGAGGUGAAGGACUACUCAACCAUCACUGAGCAAGUGGUGAAGGAAUCGGUUCUUGAGGAUGCAAAAUCUGCUGCAGAGGACACAAAAGAAGGGAAAAGUGUUGCACAAAGAGACCUAGGACAUAUGUCUAGUGAAGUGGAGAAACAAGGAGAGUCAGACAAGGCAGACUCCACUCAAGCUGUGAAGCCUUCUCAGCGCCAUUCCAUCAACAUCAUGUCCAAGGUGAAGCAGUCCAUCGUCAAGGUAAAAAAGGUGAUCGUUGGAAAGUCACCGAGGUCCAAGACCUUGAAACCACUGGUCGAGGCAGCUGAAAUCAAUGUAAACUGAGCAGCAUUUGAAGUACACCUAAUAUAUUUACAGAAAAAAAAGUUGUUAUCACUCUUGCACAUAUCAUGCUUUGGGUUCCCCAUGCAUCCUCCGUCUUCAUCUAUUCCAGCAGUCAACAAGUAAAUGCUCUAUGCAGCACUGGUGAAUCUAUUAAUGCAAUUGUACCAUUUUAUUUCUCUUGGUUUCCUUGGAUCAGUCAUGAUCUAUGCAUAGGUUCAGUCUUGUUUAUUUUAUUUUUCUUCUAAUUUCUGUAUCUUCUACCUAAUGUAAAUCUAUUGAUUGUUAAUACACGUAUGUAUGUGGCUUUUAUGUGA